AUGGGUAUUUGGAAGAGUGUUUCGAUUGUAAAAGUUGAGCGUACGGUGGAUUUAUUUGUAUGCCGUGUACUUGUUUAUUUCGAUGAUUUGGAGCCCAAUGUUGACAUCAACGUACACCCACCGUUUGCAUAUGACAAUCUGUUCCCGCAAUUUCCGUUGUUUCUAAUGGCAAAGUUCGCACAGCCUGAACAACAAGAUUACCUUCAUGUCGUUCUCAGUCAAGUUUUUGAAUAUCUAGAUGACCGGGACGAGGUGCUCGGCUCUCCGAAUCCAAAAACUUUUGGUAACUUAUUUUCAUGUUUGUUGGUGAACAAUCUUUGGCGUGAGAGCGCGGUCUCAAUUCUCUGGCGUCACCCUUUUCAUCGUUGUCACAGACGCGGAGGAAAAUCUUUAAUUCACACUCUCCUCUCGUGUCUGGAUCAAUCGGAGCGUCAAGAUUUAUAUAACGACGGCGUUUUCGUACCGGCCGGAAAAUACAACUCACCCGUUUACGAUUAUGCAAAUUUCAUCAAGAGUUUAGAUUAUUGUCAACUUAUUUCAUCCGUUAAGAGUUGGUGUAAAGUUCACCUGGAGGGAGGAACCGACGAAAGUGUUACGGCAAUUCUGAGAUCGAUCCUAAAAUUAAUGGUGGCGAGGUCCGCUCAUUUGAAAACGCUCAACAUUCGAAGCGCCGCCAGUUGCAAUGACGAUCUAUACAUGUUGAUGGUUGAACCUGAAAUUUGCUCUUUGGUGAAACCCGUGAGAAAUCUUUUGAUCAGUUGCUAUUUUCCGAAAGACACCUUCCUAACCGCCCUCACCAAACGCUGUAAAAACCUGCAUUCGCUGAGAAUCAUGAGUUUAAACGUGGACGACGACAAAUCGCACCUGAUGGCCCAAAAGUUAGCGUUGCUCAUCGAGAGUCAACGUGGUCUCAAGCGUGUGACUUUGUCGAAAUGCAAAUCACUCGCUGCCAUCGUGAUCCCAUCGUUGAUCAAGCAAAAACGUACCUUGCGUCAAGUCGGAUUUUACGGGGUUGACUUCGAAGGAUGUCGCAAAUUGGAUGUGGUGAAAUCCUGCUCGAGAUUGGAGAGUUUGAGUAUAGUCGAUUGUUACAACAUGAAUUUCACUUUGAUUUCUCCCUUGAUCCAUAACCAACACAAAAGAUUACAAGAAGUCACCGUUAGAAAUUGUUCCCCGGCUAGAGUUAGCGACAAAUUGGAAGCUUGGGCUGACAUGAUCAAUUUUCGAGAAUAUCAUUAUCAUUAG